AGGCGGCAAAGUACAAUGUAGUCAGACUUAAUACCAAACGGAAGACGAAGAAGACGGAAGGCGUAACGUAAGCAAAGUUUAUUCCGCCACCACAGCAGAAAAAAAAUGGCCAUACGCUGUUUCUCGGUUUGUAAAAAUCUUAACGUCGGCAGAUUACAACUAUUCUUGUCAAAUGAUUGCAGUGCCUUGAUUGGCCUUUACAGCACAGCAGCCAAACAGUGGGGGACAGGUGAGGAUUGUCAUGGUGACGAUGAUGCCCCAGCCGAGUCAGACACCAGCCAUGACGUGACCAACGUGAGACUGCUGGAAACCAGGGCCAGCAAGCUGGAGGACCGGGUCAGGGAGCUCACGGAAAGAUACAAAAAAGCCUUGGCCGACUCUGACAACGUUCGAAGGAGAACUCAGAAGUUUGUCCAAGACGCCAAGCUUUUUGGUAUCCAGAGUUUCUGCCGUGACCUGGUGGAGGUGGCCGACCUGCUGGAGCAGACUACGGGCGACCUACAGGAGGACGAGGGUCAGAGGCUUGGCCAGGUGCAGGACCGGCUACACGGGGUCUUCACCAAGCACGGCCUGGAGAAGAUGAGCCCGGUCGGGGCCAAGUACGACCCCUACCAGCACCAGAUUGUGUGCCACACUCCGGCCGGGGCCGGGGAGCCUGGCACUGUCGCCGUGGUGAAGCAGAACGGGUACAAACUCCAUGGACGCACCAUUCGCCAUGCUCUGGUGGGCAUCGCUGUGAUGACGCAGGCUCGGGAUUGAGGUGUGUCCUCUCUGUGGGACAGCCCCUUUCAGCUGCACCUUAAAGACAUGGCCCUCCAAAAAUUAUUUCAGUUAUACGUUUUGUGUGGAAUUGCUCACAUCCUCUAGAUUGAUUAUGUACAUAAAUAUUUAUGUAUUUUUUUUUCUCCUUUUUAAAUGUUUUUUUUUUUUUUUGUAGAAGUAGUCCAAGUGGAGACUGGGCCUAAUCGUACGAAUGUUGGCUGUUAACAUUCACAACAGGUCUGUGAGGGAAACACAGGCAUUGUAAUACCUCAUAACACCAGGCUGAGAAAAACCUGAAUUCACUCAGUAAUGUGGAAGCUGCCUUAUCCACACUGCACUCCAGAACUGUGGGGGUUUCUGUGCAUGUGAGCAAGUUGGAAUUAGGUUCCUGGUGAUGUGGGAGGAACUGGUAUUUCAAGUGGGGAUAGGUCAAAUUGAGGGUGUCAUCCAUAUGUUACCCAGGGGCACCUUUAUUGUAGAAAGGGGGAAGUAGGUGAAGAUGUCUUUGGGGGUGGGGGGGGGGUCUGGAAAGUUGGAUAAUAGUUUUCCUGCUACAGCUUAUUCCUGCAGUCUAGAGCCAUAAUCUUCGUGCCUAAUUGUAUUCUAAAUAUUCCUGGUGCCGUUCUAAUUGUUGUGAGUAACACGUGUCAAUAUACUGCUUUGAUAUGCCUGAGAAUUGACAUCUGAAUUACAACACAUUAAUGGGAUCAUUACAUGAAGGUCCAGUUGGUAGCCUAGCGUUGGGCUAGGAACCAAAAGGUUUGCCGAAUCACAACCCUAAGCUGGUGAGGUGGGGAGGAGACCUGUUCUGCCCUUGAGCGAGGCAGUUAUUUCCUUAACUGAUCUCUGUCGUUUGUGUCACCAAGCACCCCUCCAAUUUGAAGGGGUUCAGUUAAAUGCAGAAGACAAAUGAAGGUUGGACAUUUGUGUGCUGUUGACCACUAAAAUAAUAUUAUCCUUAUUAUCAUGGCAAAAUAAUGCCAUGCGGUUGCCGUCCUCAUUUAAACCAGCUAUGUUGCUGCAUAUCUAAGGAUACCUCGAGCUGUCUAUCCCCCCUGAAUAGUGGUUCUUUUUCCAAUUUGCGAUUACAGCAAUAUCCUCAUUUAGACAAUUCAAUGGCCUGUUUGGGAGAGUUAAAGUUUGACAGGUCCUCUAACCUGGCUCAAGCUGUUCCGCUAUUUCUUGCAAUGCUUGCUCAACCAGGAAGUAUCUGUUGGCAUGUUGGAGGAGAGCACAUUCCGUGGCCAACAAACUUCAUACAACUUGCUGUCAUCUGAUCUACCACGAGGAUAAUCUACAACGUAACGAGAAAAGGCAAUCUUGCCUGACAUGUACUCUGCUAUGCUGAACCGCUUUGCACCUUCGGACACUUACAGGACACCACAACCAAGAUCGGAAUAAGAUUUUAAUUAGAUGAUUAGAGGACUACUUAAUAAAAAAAAAAGAGAGAAUAUGCUUCUCUGGCACUCUGCUAAACAUGCUUACUGUAACUUGAUCAACCUGAAAAGAGUUGGAGUCUAAAUUGGGAGACUACGGGCAUUUUACUAAGGGUUAUCUAAAGUCAACUUAAAUACCAGAGAUACAAAACCGAUUCAUUUGUCAAGAAGUGACAGACUAUGUGGUUUAAUCAAGUUAAUUAUGAAACGUACCUCCUGGUAAGUUUUGCUCAUCUCUGGCAGCUUAAAUGAAUCAGCUUUUUGUCACUACACUAGGGCUGCCUAAUCCUGGUCCUGAAGGGCUGAAUACUUCUAUCUAGUGGUUGGUUGGUUGCGUCCAGUGUCCCGGGUCUGAAUUAGUCUCUACUAAUAAUGCUGAAGGAAAAAUCAUGAAAUGACCACCUGGUGCUGGUUUUAGCUGAUGGCUAGGAUCUGUAUCAAUUCAACAGUGAAGCCUGUCUCAAACUAGCACUGAUCAUCUGAUACCUGCUUUGAGUAUCUUGGAACUUCAAGCUGGUCAAAGCUGUUUUCUUUUCAGCAAGGGAGGAUGACAGGAUGAAAACCAUAAAUAAUUCACUCCGGGGGCCAACUCUAUUACACAGGUGAUACUCUGCCUGCACAGGACUAGCUGGGCAUGAGAUUUGCAUGUAUGUAUUGAGUACAGACACAUUGGGUUUGUUUUAGCAUUUAACCCAAAGAGCACUUUGUAUGAUUUAGAUGUUGCAGCAAUUUUAAUCUGUAUUUAUAGAAUGUUAUAUCAAGUCACUUCAGACUAUAAAAGAAGCACCCUGAUGAUUUAAUCAUUGAUCAUUUAUUUAAGACUAAGAAGAGUUGAGAGAAUCAGUUUUUUUGUUUUUAUUAAUGAUGGCUGUUAAUCACAACACUUUCUUUCACCAUAGUUAUUUUUUUGCUUUAAUAAAUGUAUAGUAAUGUUG